CAUAGGAAUUAUACCAAAUUCCAAACAGUUCAAAGCUGAAUGGAAAGAUGAAUGUUAGGCAAAAAUCUGUUGAUGAGAAAAUUGUCUUUGGAAAAUGGCUGUAUGUAUAUGAAAGUGUUGGAUGUAGUAGCUUGAACAGCAUCACUCUAAAUUCUAGUCAAUUUUCCCUCAUUCUUUUCUAUGAAGUCCCUAAGGUUUUCAGGUAAUAUUGAAAAACACCACUAACAAGGACUCCUAGUCUACAAUUCAUCUUCCCAUCAAUUGAUUGCAAACCUCUGUAAGGCAAGUGACAUACUGGCAUGAUCACUUCAAGGUUCAGAAAGCAGAUCACUAUAUUUGUGGCAAAUACUGUCCCCAGGAGAUAUGUGAAGUAACUACACUGCAUGAAACUGACAAGAAGAGUAAUAUUAAUUGCACUAAAUCACUGUAGUGAACAUAGAAAACUACAUAUCAUUAAGGCUGGUACCUUUAAAAGAAAAUAUCACACAGACAUUUGGACAGAAUCAAAUAACCUUAAGUCUGACAGCAUCACUUACAGGUGGCUUAACCAUUAUUAGAUGAAGAUGUAUGUAUCGUUAUUUACUGCAUCUCCUUUGAGAUGCACCACACAAGGGCUAGCUUAAUAAAAACUUGUUCUGUUGUUGCCUAUACAGCCACCAGCCUGAAGAUGUCUACGUGGUAGGCAAAAUGUUAAAACCAUUAGCAAAAAUUUUUAUAAAAACUUCAAAUGCACUGUAGCUUAUUAAUUUUCAUAAAUCAGGGAAAGAGUGGGGCUUGAACCCCUGGCAAGUGAGCCCUAAAAAUCACAGGCCAGUGUGUUAACCACUUGGCCAGCUGGCUUUAAAGAGAUUCAUGCAACUGUGUUAUUACAAUUUUGGGAGUUAUUAAUUUCCAAUAUAUUGUACAUUGAUCAUUAGUAAAACAUGCCACAAACAAAAUAAGUAUCAUGCCUACAUAUACACACACAAGUCCCAUAUUGUAUUACUGUUAUAAUUUAAGUUGUUUAUAUUUUGUAUAAUUCAUUCACUCACCAUAUUUCACAGGCUGACACAGAAACCUAUUGAUUAAAUGAUUACAGUUUUAGGCAAGGAUGCUUUUUACAAGAGAAAUUUUUAAUUUUCUUCAGCUGCUGUAAUUUUACAUUUAAAGAUGCAGUAUAAAAAAACAAUGAUUUUACUCUGAUCACUUGUAAAGAAUGUAGAGUUGUCGGUAGAGCCAAUUUCCUGCCUUCAUGAUGAACCAGUGAGGAUCAGAGUAUUUGGCCUCAGUCCAGGCGAGGAUGUCACUCUUCAGGCAUUCAUGGAGGACUACAAAGGGGUUGGCUUCAUUUCAUAUGCUCAUUACAGAGCCAACAGCUGUGGCAUGGUUGAUGCAGCUACAAUGGAGUCUCUGGGUGGUCACUUUAAGGGAAUAUUUCCAAUGGGACUAAUUGGCAGCUUACUGCCAGCACACACUGAACAGAAAUUUACUCGCUUCUUCAAAAAGGACCCCCAAAACCCCAAUGUUGUAAAGGUGACUGCAUACAAGGGUCAUGGGUAAGGAAGCACUGUGUUU